AUGGCGAUAGGUUAUCAUGUUUUAACCGGUAUAGUAAUGAUCCUUGUCAUAUCAGGAGAACUAGUUCCAGGGAAAGGGACGUGCCAAGGAGACAUCCAAGGUCUGAUGAGAGAGUGUGCGGUCUAUGUCCAGCGUCCAGGUCCAAAGGUAAACCCUUCCGCAGCAUGCUGCAAAGUUGUUAAGAGAUCAGACAUACAUUGCGCAUGUGGUCGUAUCACAGCCUCAGUCCAGAAAAUGAUAGACAUGGAUAAGGUUGUUCAUGUUACUGCCUUUUGUGGCAAACCUCUCGCUCAUGGUACCAAGUGUGGAAGUUACGUUGUACCAUGA